GUGUACGCGAAUAUGACUGUAUGAGACAGUGCUACGCUCGGAGUUCGACCACCGUGGGUCGUCGAAGCCAUGGCGACGACUUCAUUGUUUCGAUUGAUCCGCUCUCGUUUCCACAUCGAUCGAUGCUUCUCGUCUGCAUCUCAAAAUUUUGGACCUCCUCCUAUUGUUCCGCAACGAAGAGUUGUUGUUACUGGGUUAGGAAUGGUUACACCUUUGGGCUGCGGAGUGGAAACUACAUGGAAGCGACUUGUACAGGGUGAUUGUGGAAUUAGGGCGCUGUCGCCCGAAGAUCUUAAGAUGAAUGGGUUCGAUAGGGAAAUGCAGGUUCAUACGUUUGAUCAGUUGCCAUCCAAAAUUGCUGCUGUUGUGCCUUGUGGAACCAAGCCGGGUGAAUUUAACGAGGACUUGUGGCAAAAUUCCAAGGAUAGACCCAUUGCAAGGUUCAUAGGCUAUGCACUGUGUUCCACUGAUGAAGCUCUUAAAGAUGCAAAUUGGUUUCCAGCUGAACAUGAUAAGAGAGAACGGACGGGCGUUUCCAUUGGUGGGGGUAUUGGAAGCAUUAGUGACAUUUUAGAUGCGGCACAGAUGAUCUGCGAGAAGCGUUUACGAUGGCUCAGUCCAUUUUUUGUCCCACGGAUAUUGAUCAACAUGGCAGCAGGUCAUGUGAGCAUCAAAUACGGAUUCCAGGGACCAAACCAUGCUGCAGUAACAGCUUGUGCUACUGGUGCGCAUUCUAUCGGUGAUGCUGCAAGAAUGAUCCAGUUUGGAGAUGCUGAUGUUGUGGUAGCUGGAGGAACAGAGUCUAGCAUUGAUGCUUUAUCAAUAGCAGGAUUUUGUAGGACAAGGGCUUUGACUACCUCAUAUAACUCUUCCCCAAAUGAAGCAUCACGGCCCUUUGAUUGUGACAGAGAUGGAUUUGUGAUAGGUGAAGGAGCUGGUGUUAUGGUGUUGGAGGAACUUGAGCAUGCACAAAAGCGAGGUGCAAAAAUUUAUGCCGAGAUUCGUGGUUAUGGGAUGUCAGGUGAUGCACAUCACAUUACUCAGCCACACAGUGAUGGGAAAGGAGCUAUCUUGGCCAUGACACGUGCACUAAAGCAGUCUGGUCUUCAUCCUGAUCAAGUGGAUUAUGUAAAUGCGCAUGCCACGUCAACACCCCUGGGUGACAUGGUCGAAGCAAAAGCUAUCAAAUCCAUUUUUUUUGACGAUUCAACUUCACGUGCUUUGGCCUUUUCCUCUACAAAGGGUGCUACAGGGCAUCUCCUUGGGGCGGCUGGAGCUGUGGAAGCAAUCUUUGCAGUUUUAGCUAUGUAUCAUGGAAUUGCACCACUAACACUGAAUCUCAACCAUCCAGAUUCCAUUUUUCUUGAUGGCUUCAUGCCUUUGACUUCCUCAAAAGAGAUGCCAAUAAGAGCAGUACUCUCGAACUCCUUUGGAUUUGGAGGAACAAAUGCAUCCCUGCUGUUCACAGCUGCCCCAUAGUGGGUUUCAAUCUUUGCUGAAAAUUGAUAAGCAAGAGGAAUCAACUCCAAGUGCAAACGGAGACAACCUUUGAGUUCGGAAAUUCCACAUGGUACUUGGAUGCACCUAAGGGUCCUGAAAAGCAAAAUUGGUCCUUGAACCCCUUUACAUCAACAAUUGAAGUGGAACGGAUCCUGUCACUUUUGAGAAUUGUCUUUUGAAAGCUCUAUUACAAGACUCUUGUAAAGCCAUUUCAGGAUAAGUUGUGUACAAACGUGAAAAGACUUGAAACUUGGUUUUCUACACUAGAAGAUAGGAAUCUUUGAUACUAGAGAUAAUUUUAAGGCACUGAAUAUGCUAGGAGUUUUGGUUGCAAGGGUUUGUUCAUGUAGAAACAGUACAUGUUGACAAAUCAUUCAUUUGUGAUGGAAAAUGGGAAUCUAGUGAUAAUUCUUAAUCUUUAUACUUGUACCGUUUCUGGUAUUUAA